AUGAACUGCUUCGCGGUUGAAAUGAUACAGCACCCGUUUCUAUUCACGAAUAUGCUAGCCGCUGUUGUGAUCGAUCAAGUUGGUGUUAAGGGUCUGAUCGUGCCAAAUGAGACGACAGACCGAGAGGUGAACAAGUUGAAAGGCUUUGGUAGGACGGUCGUGAAGAGCGAUGUGCAGAAGGUCAUGCUCUGCGAGAAGGACGGGCGAUGCAGGGAGCUAAAGGAAGGUGAGCUGGAAGGCUGGGACGUUGUCGACUUUGAGGAGGAUGGAGGUGAGGAGAAGACGGAGUCGGCCGGCGCACCGCAAUCCUAG